AGCAUUACGAUAAAAUCUUGUCCCUGAAUUAAUUUUUAAUUUACAAAAAUUAGAAACAUUGUCAUCGUACUUUAAACUUACAUUUUUUGGAAAGGGUACUUGAACCACCGUCAGAUCAUUAUCAUCAUGAACCUUUUUAACAAUUUGAGAUACAUGUAACAAUCCAUGAACGCUAUGCUCAUUAUCUUCUUCAAUCAAGAAAUCUUUGUUUCCUAUUGAGUAAAUUAUUACAUCCUUUUGAGAAUUUUUGUGUCUUUUAAAAAUCACCACAAUGGUGCCAAAAGCAAUGAAAGUUAGAAUAAAAACUGUAAAAUUUGAUAACGUCAUCUAGUCAACGAGCACCUUAUUGUCUUUUAAAGUCGAAACUACUGUCGACGUACAUUGAAAUUCACCGAAAAGUAACUUCUAUGUAUGAAAAUUAAAGGAACAGCUGUUAAUGUGGAAAUAUAUUGAAACUAUUGUCACGACAUAUUGACAAAAUUAUUGAAGUUGAAUUUCAUUUAAAAUAUUUAUAAAAUAUUUGCAGAUCAUUGAGAGCCGCAACUCUGAAAGAAAAACCAUUGAACAAAAGUCUAGUGAUAUUGAUCUUGUAACUGAAACAGAUCAGCAAGUUGAAAAGCUUUUAAUUGAUGGAAUUAAAGCAAAAUAUCCAAAUCAUAAGUUUAUAGGAGAAGAAGAUUCUAGCAGUGGUAAAAGAGCUGUAUUAACUGAUGAUCCCACAUGGAUAAUCGACCCAGUCGAUGGUACUAUGAACUUUGUACAUAGUUUUCCACAUUCUGCAAUUUCUGUUGCUUGUGUAGUAGAAAAGCAAGCUGUAAUCGGAAUUAUUUACAACCCAGUUUUGGGUCAAAAAUUCACAGCACGACGUGGUCAAGGCGCAUUUUAUAAUGAUCAGCAAAUAAAAGUCUCUGGAGAGAAAAAUCUCUCGAAUGCUUUAUUAGUGACUGAAUUCGGAACGAGUCGUGAGGAAGAAAAAACAAAAGUUGUACUUGAGAACAUCACUAAGCUAGUGAAAAUAGCUCAUGGUUUUCGAUCUCUUGGAUCUGCUGCUUUGAAUAUUGCAACAGUUGCAUUAGGAGGAGCUGAUCUUUACUAUGAAUAUGGUAUACACAUAUGGGACUUUAUGGCUGGUAUGUUAAUUGUUAAUGAGGCAGGCGGUUAUUGCUGCGAUCCUGCUGGUGGUGAAGUUGAUUUAAUGAGUCGCCGAGUAAUUUGUGCAUCAUCAAAGGAGUUAGCUGAUGAAGUGAAACAAAACGAUUCUAAAGCCCAAAUGUCGGACAUGAACAUUGACGAUUGUUAUGAAUUAGUUAUGAAGCUUGUUGACCAAGCUGGAGAGCUUGUGGCUUCCCGUAACUCAGAAAGAAAAACUGUACAAAUAAAAUCUCAUCCAACUGAUUUUGUCACUGAAACUGAUCAGCAAGUUGAAAAGCUUUUUGUUGAUGGAAUUCGUGCAAAAUUUCCUAAUCAUCAGUUCAUUGGAGAAGAAGAUAUGAGUGAUGGAAAGAAAGCAAUUUUAACAAACUCACCGACUUGGAUUAUUGAUCCAAUCGAUGGCACCAUGAAUUUUGUUCACAGCUUUCCACAUUCAUCAAUUUCCAUAGCAUUAUUGGUGAACAAAGUAACGGAAAUUGGAAUCGUUUAUAAUCCUGUUUUGGGACAGAAAUUUACAGCACGUCGUGGUCAAGGUGCUUUUUAUAAUGGUCGUCAAAUUCAUGUUUCCGAAGAAAAGGAUUUAACAAAAGCGCUUAUUAUGGUUGAAUUUGGAACAAAUAGGGAGAGCGAAAAAGUUAAAGUCAUCAUGGAAAAUUUAAACAAACUUGUUAGGAAGGGACAUGGUUUAAGGUGUCUUGGAGGUGCAGUUCUGAAUAUUUGUUAUGUUGCACUAGGAGCUGCAGAAUGUGCAUAUGAUUUUGGUGCUCAUGCUUGGGACUAUGCAGCAAGUGAGUUCAUCGUAAGAGAAGCUGGAGGUAUUACAAUUGAUCCUUCGGGAGGAGACUUUGACAUAAUGUCACGUCGAUUGUUAACAGCUAAUAAUAUUGAAAUGGCUAGACAAUUGUCAGCUGAAUUAACUCAAUACUAUCCAAGUCCACGCGAUGACGAAUAAAUUGUCUUUAUUUAAAUAAUAAUAAAUUCAAGGGCUAAUUUAUUAAAAAUUCAAAUUCGUUAAUAAAAAAUAGCAAAAAAAUAUCAGUUGCCGAAACCCGGGAUUGAACCGGGGACCUUUAGAUCUUCAGUCUAACGCUCUCCCAACUGAGCUAUUUCGGCUACUCGAUUGAUGGUAAUGUCAUUGACUAAACACCUUUAAAAGCAAUAAAUUAAAAGAAUCUAAAUGCAUAAGAUA